GGAGGUAUUUUAGCCGGGCAGAUACCCGCAGAUCAGCUACGAGCAAAUCUGUGCAGACCGACAGCCAAGCCAGCCGAGCCGCAAGCCGCUGAAGCAGUCGAGCGAGACAGCGAACCCGAGCCUAGCGAGGUGUGCUGGGUGCGAGGCGGUGUAUUUGUGCAACAUUAGAGACGAGUGAGCCGCGCCGAUAAAGAGACGCCAUGUCUGACAGGAAGGCAGUGAUCAAGAACGCUGACAUGUCUGAGGACAUGCAGCAGGAUGCCGUGGACUGUGCCACUCAAGCCAUGGAGAAAUAUAAUAUUGAGAAGGACAUUGCUGCUUACAUCAAGAAGGAGUUCGAUAAGAAGUACAACCCCACCUGGCACUGCAUUGUGGGUAGGAACUUCGGCAGCUAUGUGACGCACGAGACGAAGCACUUCAUUUACUUCUACCUGGGCCAGGUGGCCAUUCUGCUCUUCAAGUCGGGCUGAGCCUCGGCCGGCGCAGGAGAGCGGCACAAACCCUGGACUGCAAUGCACUGAUGGCGGACGCCACACCUCCCCACACACUUCAAAAAAAAAAAAAAUGCGACUACAAAACUGGCUGUGCGCGACUGCAUGGACUGUAUACAAUAUUUAAUGUGUAUAUGUUGCAUUAAAAAAAACUUACUUUUCUUUAGUUGCCUGGAAGAAAGUGAAGCAACAGGAAGAGAUUUUUGUUAAUGCUUUUUUAUUUUUGUUAUUGCACUGAAGUUGUAAAAAAAAAAAUAAUGCUUUAACGGUGGCCUUUAAGUGAAAAUAAAGAACUUAUACAGUUACAAGGAAUGUUAAGUCUACUUUACGUAGGGGAUAAAGGUUGUUGAUACUAAGGAAGGUGCAUUGUUAAAUGUUGUCAAAGGUUGUAUCAUUCCCGUCACUUAAUAUUCUUGCAUCUGUUUUCUGUGUUUUCGUGUUCUGGGAUUUUUUUUUGUGCUACACUUGCUUCCAUUCUAAAAGGAAUCUGGAGUCACAAAGCUUUCAUGAGUGGGGUGAGGUCCUGGUGCUCCUGUAGAGAGGGAUCUCCAAGUGCACACUAACCUGGAACUCAUUUCCUAAUGGAGCUCCUGGUGUUGAGCGGUGUAAACAUCUGCUGAAAUCCUGUCUGGCAGGGCCCGCACAUCCUCGUUGAACUAUAAUACAUGUGCUUGAUUAUCCUAAAAAUGUAGGUAAUUUUAUUACACUAGAACUUCCAUCUUGCAGAAAUAUGUGCUAGAACAAAUUUUUAAGUCUAAGAAACCUGUAAUGUGCAAAAUCGGUCAUGUUCACCUUCAGUGCUGGUUGAUGGAAGGAAGCAGACUUUGUUCAUUUUAGGACUAGAAGGUGGUAUUUGAGAAAGAUCUUCAGUUGAAUAAGGAGAAGCUGUAGCAGCUGUGAAGGAUAGCUGGAGUGUGUGCCUCCAUUAAUAAAAUGUGGAUCUAACCAGCAACAAUAGGAGUCUUCACCAGUACAGUACUAGGAGACAAACUCAAAAGUGCUGAAAGAGCAGCUGCCAUGGACGUCUAUAGAGCAGUUACGUGUUGUCAUCGCUUCGGUUUCUGUAUGUUUUCCCUUUUGAAACAAAUUACUGUGUGAUCCAUGCGUUUUUUUUAAAAUAAAAUACCUCUUGAGUUAUAAUGCUCCUGGGAAAGAUGUGUAUGUAUGUAAAAAUGUGCUCCAUAAGCUUUCAGCCAUGACCAUACUUAAAGACUCCUGUACAUCUUUUUGUCACAUUAAAAAAUCUGUGACCAACACGUCAUAAA